AUGACCAAUUCUCCAAUUAGUCAAUGUUCGAAGGGAGAUAACUCCACCGCUAGAGGCGCUAGGUGCGGGGGGUUGACAGCACUGACAGCAGACGUAAACACGUUUUGUUUUUGUUACGUUCGAUUAGGCUAAAUUUAAUGGGUAAACACAAUUUUUGUUGCGCUUUUGGGUGCAACCAUACUAGAAGUAAGAACGAUACGUGCAAUUUUUAUGAAUUUCCCGUUGAUGAGCAUUGGCGUAAAUUAUGGGUGAAUGCUGUCAAGAGAAAUGUUGUGACAGACGACGGGAAAGUUCACCCGUGGAAUCCGAGUGAUAGCUCGAAGCUUUGUAGCUGUCAUUUCCUGUGUCCGCCAAAUCCAUCAUCCAGGCAAAAAAGUAACAAGCAUGUACUACCAACAGUGUUUGUAUUUAGAAAAAACCCAACACCAAGGUCUUCUACCAAAUCUACUUCAAGGGAGCUACCACCAGUCUUGAAAAGGAAAAGAACUGAUAGUGAUACGGUCAACAAGUCAACACAGCAUGAUCAUGAUUAUUUAAGUACAAUAAGAACAGGUAGACUGGCCGAGGCUAUUGAUAAUUUGACAAGUCAACAUCCUGAGUUUUCUACAUUCUUACAUGACUACAAUACAGCAAUUCAGAAAGCUACAGCAUUUGAUGAACAUAACCAGAAAGUGCAAAUAUUGACUUUAUAUAAUGUAAAAGAUGAUGACAAUUUAUUUCGAUAUUUUACUGGUUUUCCUACGUAUUCAGUGUUUUUAGCCUUAUUUAAUUAUUUAGAAGACAAAGUUAUAGAUAUGAAAUAUGAUAAAGGAAGUAAAACCUACGAAUAUAAUUUUUUUAGUAAUCGGUACAUUUCUAAGCCAGGCAAGAAAAGAGCUUUAACUUUGCAAGAUGAAUUUUUCAUAACAUUAGUCAGAUUGAAAUUAGGCUUGCCGUCAAAAGAUUUUUCAAAGCGAUUUGGUAUUUCUGAAUCUUCAUUUUCAUCCAUAUUUAGAACGUGGACGACACUGUUAUCAAUAGAACUUACAAAUUUAUGUGAAUUACCUUCAAUUGAAUCUGUUGUGCAAACUAAAGCUUCCUGUUUUAAAGAUUUUAAUAAUAUUGCAAUUAUUAUAGAUUGUACAGAGUUGUUUAGUGAGACUCCUUCUUCAUUAACCGCUCAUAAGCAAUAUCAUUCUAAUUAUAAGCAUCACAGUACAGUGAAAUUUAUGGUUGGUAUCAGUCCAGCAGGAGCGGUAACAUAUGUGUCUCAAAUGUAUGGUGGUAGGGCUUCCGACAAAUUUAUUACAAAUGAUUCUGAAAGUUUAUUAUCUUAUCUCGAUCCAGGGACGAGCAUUAUGGCAGACCGAGGCUUUACGAUCUGCGAUGAUUUACCUGCUGGUGUUCAGUUAAUUAUUCCCCCUUUUAAACCCAAAGACAAGGCCCAAUUUUCUAAAGAUGAAGUACUAAGAAGUAAAAAAAUAUCAGAUCAACACAGCAUGAUCAUGAUUAUUUAA